AUGUUGAAGAACACAAAUUACAGAAUAGCCAGUGAACAAACACUUCCUGGGGACCAUUCAGUCAUCGAUAACCAGCACAGUUUCCUGGGGACCAUUCAGUCAUCUACAACCAGCACAGCUUCCUUGAGACCAUUCAGUCAUCUACAACCAGCACAGCUUCCUAGGGACCAUUUAGUCAUCUACAACCAGCACAGCUUCCUGGGGACCAUUCAGUCAUCUACAACCAGCACAGCUUCCUGGGGACCAUUCAGUCAUCUACAACCAGCACAGCUUCCUCGGGACCAUUCAGUCAUCUACGACCAGCACAGCUUCCUGGGGACCAUUCAGUCAUCUACAACCAGCACACGUUCAAGGGGACCAUUCAGUCAUCUACAACCAGCACAGCUUCCUGGGGACCAUUCAGUCAUCGAUAACCAGCAUAGUUUCCUGGGGACCAUUCAGUCAUCUACAGCCAGCACAGCUUCCUGGGGACAAUUCUGUCAUCUACAACCAGCACAGCUUCCUGGGGACCAUUCAGUCAUCUACAACCAGCACACGUUCAAGGGGACCAUUCAGUCAUCGAUAACCAGCACAGUUUCCUGGGGACCAUUCAGUCAUCUACAACCAGCACAGCUUCCUGGGGACCAUUCAGUCAUCUACAGCCAGCACAGCUUCCUGGGGACCAUUCAGUCAUCUUCAACCAGCACAGCUUCCUGGGGACCAUUCAGUCAUCUACAACCAGCACAGCUUCCUGGGGACCAUUCAGUCAUCUACAACCAGCACAGCUUCCUUGAGACCAUUCACACAGCUUCCUGGGGACCAUUCAGUCAUCUACAACCAGCACAGCUUCCUGGGGACCAUUCAGUCAUCUACAACCAGCACAGCUUCCUCGGGACCAUUCAGUCAUCUACGACCAGCACAGCUUCCUGGGGACCAUUCAGUCAUCUACAACCAGCACACGUUCAAGGGGACCAUUCAGUCAUCUACAACCAGCACAGCUUCCUGGGGACCAUUCAGUCAUCGAUAACCAGCACAGUUUCCUGGGGACCAUUCAGUCAUCUACAAUCAGCACAGCUUCCUGGGGACCAUUCAGUCAUCUACAACCAGCACACGUUAAAUGGGACCAUUCAGUCAUCUACAACCAGCACAGCUUCCUGGGGACCAUCCAGUCAUCUACAACCAGCACACGUUCAAGGGGACCAUUCAGUCAUCUACCACCAGCACAGCUUCCAGGGGACCAUUCAGUCAUCUACAACCAGCACAGCUUCCUGGGGACCAUUCAGUCAUCUACAACCAGCACAGCUUCCUGGGGACCAUUCAGUCAUCUACAACCAGCACACGUUUAACGGGACCAUUCAGUCAUCUACAACCAGCACACGUUUAAGGGGACCAUUCAGUCAUCAACAACCAGCACAACUUCCUGUGGACCAUUCAGUCAUCUACAACCAGCACAGCUUCCUGGGGACCAUUCAGUCAUCUACGACCAGCACAGCUUCCUGGGGACCAUUCAGUCAUCUACAACCAGCACAGCUUCCUAGGGACCAUUCAGUCAUCUACAACCAGCACAGCUUCCUCGUGACCAUUCAGUCAUCUACAACCACCACAGAUUCCUCGCGACCAUUCAGUCAUCUACAACCAGCACAGCUUCCUGGGGACCAUUCAGUCAUCUACAAACAGCACACGUUCAAGGGGACCAUUCAGUCAUCUACAACCAGCACAGCUUCCUGGGGACCAUUCACUCAUCUACAACCAGCACUGCUUCCUGGGUCGAACACUAACACAAAGGUACAAGCUACAACUGGUGAUGAGGUACAGAGGUACCAGCUACAACUGGUGAUGAGGAACAGAGUACAAGCUACAACUGGUGAUGAGGUACAGAGGUGCAAGCUACAACUGGUGAUGAGGAACAGAGUACAAGCUACAACUGGUGAUGAGGUACAGAGGUGCAAGCUACAACUGGUGACGAGGUACAGAGGUGCAAGCUACAACUGGUGA